AUGUAUUACUAUGCCCUAGUUUUGGGUCUUGCUCCAGCGCCAUUUAAUUUCAAAUCACGCAAAUUUCACCAUUCACGAGUCUAUCUCUGCUAUAGCGCAUUGAUACAGAUCGCCUGUCUGCUGAUAACACCUUUAACUAUUCCGCAAUUCGCAAAUAGGCAGACUCAUCAAACUUAUUACAUGUCUGCAAAUUUUAUAUUGGAAUGGAGUUACAAUGUGGGCAAAGUGGCUCGUGUUCUCACAAACCUAGCUUUAAGCCUAGGAAUUUGGCUAUAUCGCAACAAGGUCAUCGAAUUGUAUAGCAAAUAUUGGGAAUUGGAAGAUAAAUAUAAACAGUUUUACCAGCUAUACGAAAUAAAAAAGGUAUCAGAGAAUGAGUUCAACUACAUUCGACGCCACAUGUUUUAUAAAAUGUUCACCUCCCAUGUCAGUGCCUUCAGUAUCAUAAAUACAUUCAUACAAAUGCAGAGUAAACCGAGUCUCAUGUACUGCCUCAUGAUGUUUACCAAUUUGCUUCAAGGAUUCUAUCUAAUAGCAUUCAGCAUACAGUUUUUUAUGAUUUUGUCGCGCUUAUAUUUGCACUUGGCCUACAUCAACAAGUCUCUGGAGGGUAUGAAGAGCACAGUGGACAUUUCUGGCACAUGCAGUUGUCUACGCUAUCGCAUAUUGUGGCAAAUGCACUACGACUACUAUCACUUGUCAAGGCGUAUACUCAAAAUGGCACAAAUUGUCAUUCUGUUCGUAUUAAUAAAAAUCUUUUCUUCAAACAUUAAUAUGCUCUUUCACGCGGUGCAGUUUAGUAACGGAACCAUAGAAUCGGAUGGAAAAUCUGACGCAUCUGGAAUCCUGACCAUAAUCACCUUUUAUUGGGAUACAAUUUUGACAAUGAAGGUCAUUGAUAAUUUGCUAACAACAUGUAAUAAAACAAGCCAAACAUUAGCCAUUCAUACGCAAGAGAAGGCAAUGGUGAGCUGUAAUGGAGCAAAGCUUUCCAAAGUGGUAAGUACGGAUAUUUCUAUGCAAGCAGUAACUAUUGAGUAA